AUGGUUGAGACCGCCCAACCCACGCACAAUGACCCGGCCCUGGACCCGGUCGUCCCUAAGACCGAGCCCCUGCCGGAGGGCUCGAUCAGUUCCGCCGUGUCAACGCCGGACCCCGAAGGGGAUGUGUUGACGCCAGAUGUGGCCCAGACACAAAAGCGAAAGGGAGGCCGCAAACCUAUCUAUGCCACCUCCGAGGAACGUAAGCAGCGCAACCGCCAGGCCCAGGCCGCCUUCCGCGAGCGUCGCACAGAGUACAUCCGUCAGCUCGAGUCCACCAUCAAGCGCAAUGAGGAGUCCCUGCAGUCCCUGCAGCAGAGUCACCGCACCGCUGCUGAUGAGUGCUUGAUGCUGCGCUACAAGAACUCGCUUCUGGAACGCAUCUUACUCGAAAAAGGUAUCGAUGUCCAGGCGGAACUCCGACUGAAGGCCGGGGCCCCCGGGGCUGGCGCGGGCAAGCCCAACAACCCCAUGGCCGCCAAACCGCCUUCCAGCCUGGAGCGUGCCGCGGCUGCCAACCGCAACUCGGCCCAGAGACACCCCGGCAUCGCGCCCAAGGAGCCCUUCGGCAUGUCGCAGCAUCGCGACGGUGCGUAUGGUAUUCCAUCACCACAGUUCCAGGCCACGCCGCCCUCUCACGUCUCCUCCCCGUCCCACGCCAAGUCCCCCGGCUUCCCCUUCCAGGGGGCGAUGUCGCCUGUCGGGGUCGACCCCCAGGCGCAGCGCUCGCAGAUGCUCUCGCACUCGCGGACGCUCAGCCAGACCACGCCCCCGAUCAGCAUCGGCCAGCCGGACUCGACCGACCCGAAGUCCGCGAUGCCGGGUGGCACCAACCCUCGAGCUCCCCGUGUCCCCUCCGCGUACUACCCAUCGCCCUUCCAGAAGCACUAUGACCAACUGGAACAGGAGUACGAUGCCCAGGCCGACAUGAUCGACGAUGAGCAUGACUCGUCGACGGUGGGCGCGUCCCCGUAUGUCGCCGGCUACAGCAACCCCGCGUCCGUCGCCGCUGGCUCCCACCCCAUGGGGGCGCAUGGUCUCAACCAGUACAACACCCACACGGGAGAGGGGGCCAACGGAGCGUACGGCAACACGAACCACCUCAUGGGGAACUACGAGCCGAUGCUGGAUGCCGACCCCUUUGGGCUGAGCGCCAGCAUGCAUUUCCAGACCCCUUUCAGUUACGAGCAGAAUAAUACCACCCGCCAUUAA